GGGAGGUGUGGUAGGCCGGCCGGGAGAGAGGGAGGGAAAGAAAGAAAGAUUAGUGACAUUGGCUUCAAUAAUGUCAACAUUCUCGCCAUCUCCCUCCAAUCUAUCCCAACUACCAGGGCUCCAGCCCUGAUUUUAACUAAUAAGCACAGCCAAUGAACCAAAUUCAGUCUUGGGGAGGGUGUCUGCAGGCAUGCUGCACCAGGUUUUCAUGCCCUUUUUUCUCUAGAUGGGGCAUUGCAGAAUUAUUGUGGCGUGGCCGUCUAUAGUGCAAGUCAGGUGGUAAUGGAAGACACAAGAGACUGCAAAUGUUAUAAUCUGGAGCAACAAGUGGAGGAACUCAGCGGAUUGUAGCCAUACAGGAUGGAAGUGGGCCCUCAGACCCAACUGGUCCAUGCUGACCAAGAUUUAUAUCCAAGGGAGAUACAUUGGCCAAUAUCUCUCUGAACCUUUCUUAUCCACGUGUGCCCUUUAAAUGUUGUUAAUGCACCUGCCUCAGCUUUGACAGCAAAGUCCAGCUGCUGGCCAUUACCUGCAGUUUAGCUACUAAGCCCAGUGGAACCAUUUCUACUUACAGGAGAAGGGGCAAAGGUGGGUUGCUGGCACCUUAAAACCAGUUGCUUCGGGCUGUUAGGACAUGCCAGCUGUGGUCGGCAACUCAUCUAGCCGAAGGAAAACUCUGAUCUCAAACCUCUGCUGCCUUACAGCUACACCCACUCGUGGAGAAGGCUUCAGGAAUAAACCCUAAGGGAAAAAUCCAGGGGUGGAGGCCCUAAGGCAGUUCUACGUGGAGUUCAACGCUGACUAGCAACUCCUACGACGUAGCUGGUGCCAAAUUGUAUCGAGAUUGGAUUCCAUGGAGGAAGAAGAGGCCCACCUGAAAUCACCGAACCGAGGGAGUCUAACACCCCACGAUUCAGAGGCAGUGGAUACCGAGCCAAGUACUCUGCUCCACAAGUUAAAGGGUGGUAUCAGCAAAAAUGUUCAGUUGAAGGUCGACAAUGUUCUGCAAGAAGUCAAAGGGUUUUCGGAUUCAGAGAAGCUUUACCUCUAUCUGCAGCUCCCUUCAGGCCCCAGCCAUGGAGACAAAAGCUCCAGCAUCAGCAGCAGUGACCCGUAUCCCACAAGCACUGCUGAUCAAAUGCACGCUUGCAACUGGAUAAGGAACCACCUGGAGGAACAUCCAGACACCUGUCUACCAAAGCAAGAUGUCUACGAUGCUUACAAACGUUACUGUAAUAAUUUAUCCUACCGGCUCCUGAGUGCAGCAAACUUUGGCAAAAUCAUGCGCGAUGUCUUUCCGAACUUCAAGGCCCGACGGCUGGGAGGGCGAGGCCAGUCUAAAUACUGCUAUGGUGGGAUUAGAAGAAAGACUGUGGUCAGCAUGCCUUCCCUUCCAAGCCUGGACUUGAAGCUCCCAGACCCGCUGGAGGCGAAGGAAGCAGACAAGUCCCAGCAGAACGAGGUGCUGGUGUCAGCGGCCAUCAGCCUGAUCUGUGAGUGGGCUCAGCGGGUGCUGAUGAGGCAAUUCGACUCAGUUGUGGACCUGGCCCGUUUCCUCGUGAUGGAGCACCUCAUCAGCCCCAGGACCAAGAACGCAAUGCUGGUGAAGGAGGAGCUUAUGACUGAAAAUAUGUUGAAAACCCAGAAAGAUCCAAUGCAGCGACAGCAGUCCAAGAUCACUGGGAAGGAAACUGAGGAGAGGACAGGAACGUCAGAGACGGAGGUUUCCAAGGGGACAGUGCCAGGUGUCCAGAGCGGAAAGGAAGAUGGGCCACCGGCCGGCCGGGGAAAGCAGACCAGCGCGGCUGAUGUCGACAGCGUGAUAAAUCGCUUCGCCCCCAUUCGGCCCAAGGCACAGGCCAAGAAACUGGUUACAAUUCCAACUGCCAGUAUUGGUCCCUGCGUCGCCCCCUCUGCCUUGCCCGUCCGGAUGGGUGCCAUCCCACCUCCGGUACCGCUCACUCUGCCGCCAGGGGCCAGCAGCACAGGGAUCAUGGCUGCGGGAAGCGUGCCAAUGCUGAAGAAAGUGGCUGUCAUCCUCCCGGGUCCUGCGCCAGAGGUAAACCCCUGUGCCACCUUACUCGACCUGUCCAUUGGCAAGGGUUCUGUCAGCAGCAAGCUCAAGGAUGGAAAGCACUGGCCUGACCAGCCAAAAAGCCCGCCAGCCUGCUCCUCGCCACGGAAGCGCCCUGCCAGUUCGAUGCCUGCCUCCGAAGACAGGCAGGCCUCCAAGAAGAGGAGGGGCCGCCCUCGGAAGGUGUCUGAAGGGAAGGGGGAUCCUGGCGGGAUGGCCGUCACCACAGAGAUGCCUGCAGCUCCCGACGCAGCCUGCCUGCUAGAGAGCACACGUCACACCAAACUGGGCACAGACGCCAGUACCACAGCCCCUCUGCCAGUCACCUCGUCCGUGGAUAACACUAUGAAACUGCCAGAGAGAGCCUCACUCUCACCCUCACCCCUAGUCCCCAGUCAGCUGAGGACUAACUGUGGGCUUGCGGAGCUGGGAGUGCGCCAGACCUCUGUGAUCAGACCACUGCCCAGUCUGGCUUGCCGGGACUCCGUGAGCAGAAACACUGGCGCACAGGACCCCCAGGACUCGCUGGGGGCGGCCGCUCACCCUCAGUAAGGCUUGACUAGGUGAGCAGAAGUGAGCACUGGGCAGUGGGGGUAUCAUGUUGGUGGUAUCGUAUCUUCAAGUUACAUGCACGCUAUUUAGUCCCACAGUUACUCUACGGGACUAUUUCGCCUGCUCAACAUCACCCUACCAAGGAAUUUCAAGCCCUUCCCUCUCCUACCCCACACUUGGAGGGACCUGAUGAUUUGAGAACUCAGUCUACUUUUCUACAUGCUGUUCUGUUUAAAAACUGAUCAACUGUUUGAUAUUUGACAGAUACACAUAUUAAUGGUUCCAAAAAUGAGAAAUCUAUGUUAAAGUUAUUUCCUCUUAAUGCUGAUUUUGUCUGGGGAGAGACGAUAUUGACUAAUCAUUCCCAGGGCGACUGUCAGUGUUUCAGCUGAGUUGAAGGUGAAGGGGGCAGAUGGCAGAAUUGACAGCAAGCUGGGCACCACGGUCGCACGAUGCUAUAAACAGCUUGGGGCGUCAGAAUUCGGACUUCAAUUCUGUAAGGAGUCUGUAUGUCCUUCCGCGGAAUGCGUGGGUUUCCUUUGGGUGCUCUGGUUUCCCCCUACGGUCCCGAGAUGGACUAGUUAGUUAAUUGGUCAUUGCAAACUGUCCUUUGAUUAGGCUAGGGUUGCUGGGCGGUGUGCCUUGAAGGGCCGGAGGGCCAAUUCAGUGCUGUAUAUCUAAAUAAAUCUUAUCAUUCCACAAGCAAGGUAUUUACUCGUAGAGUUGAAAUAAAGCCGUCGAAUUGAAAAAAGCCUC